UGGCGGGAAAGUGGCGGUGGCGCAGCAUGGCGGCGGCGGUGGAGUCGCCGCCCUCGGGUGGCCCCGGGGCCGUACGGCUGCCGCGGUCGCCACCACUCAGCCGAGCGCCGCUGGAGUUGGCGGUCGUGUGGAUGCAGGGCACCGUGCUGGUGGUGGAAGGCGGCCAGGCGCGGCUGCGCGACCCGAGCGGGGCCUUCUCCGUGCGCGGCCUGGAGCGCGUACCGCGAGGCCGGCCUUGCCUGAUUCCAGGAAAGUAUGUGAUGGUGAUGGGUGUAGUCCAGGCCUGUAGUCCUGAGCCCUGCCUACAGGCUGUGAAGAUGACGGAUCUUUCUGACAAUCCUAUCCAUGAAAGCAUGUGGGAGCUGGAGGUGGAAGACUUACACAGGAACAUCCCUUAGAGCUGAGACCCUCUAGGAACAUACGAACAGCUUUCCUCGGAGGGCUUUACACCAUGUGGGUCUCGGGGACAUCACAGAGAUUUGAUGACAACUCAGCCCUCCCUCUGCCCAGGGCUUUGGCUGCUUGCGGAUGAGAAGCAGAUCUCCGGCCCUUUUCCCUUUUUGUCAUUUAUGUGUGUUUGUUUUUCUCUCUGAGGCAUAUGGAAAUCUCAUGUUGCCGUCUCUGGCUUGGCGAGGGGUAACGCUUGCUUCUUUAAGAUGCACCCUCUGGGUUUCAGUUACUGACAGUGGGAUUAAAGUGUGUUUGUGGACACGAGGACACUGGCGCCUGUCUCCCCGUCUCCAGCCGCCAGCCCUGUGCAGCCAGGCUCUCUCUGCUCCAGUGCACUCAUUCCUCAUUGUCCAUCUUCCUCAGAUUCAGAAGGUGAGACCAGCUGUUAGAAUGGUGGGAGUGGUCUUAGAAUUCUUUGUUGAAAUUAAAAAUCUAAGGAUGGAAACAGA